CUCAUCACCACACUCCUGUACCGCAGUAUAGUGACCAAAAUACCAUCCUCAAGUACUAAAGACGCUUCAAUCCGGCCUCAUUACAAAGGGGAAAAAAGAUGCCUGAAGGCGCAAAGUCAAAGAAUAAGAAGAAGGCGAAGGGCGCUGCCGGACCCGAAGAAAGAGAAAGGAAGUCUUCCAAUGAAAACCAAGGCAGCGUCCAGGAUAGAAGUUCGGAGGACGCCCAAAGACUCGCGCAACAAGGCGUAAGGGAUAACGAUAAUAGCCAGACCAGUGCCGCUGAACCCCCCUCUGCCGAAGAGAUUACGGAUGCAGAUAAGCCAGCCGCAGAUGCACCAGUUGAGACCACUGGCGAUCAAGCAACAAAUUCGGAUGGCGAUCCGAUCGAGCUUACAGACCAUGGGAACAAUCCCCACAACGCUGAGGCUCUUCACUCAAACGACCGAUUCGAUGCCCUCGUGCGGGACCGGGACACAUUACGUGCGGAAGUGACGGAUAUGCGAAAGUCAUUGGAGGAGAUACAAUCGAAACAUCAGGCAGAGAUGGAAGCUCUGCAGGAGAAGCUAGAUGAUGCCGAGAGCAAGAAAGAGCAUGCCGAGCUGCAGUUUCAGAAACUUCUUGAAAGGGUUAAUACAAUUAAGUCUCAACUUGGCGAGAGGCUGAGGGAGGAUGCUGAAGAACUCGCACAGGCUCGAUCGAAGAUUGACGAAUUGGAGGAAGAAAACUCAAACAUAAAAGACCAAUACCAAGCGAAAUGCGGCGAGCUUGAGCAGUUGUCAAAAGAUAAUAAAACCAUAUCACAGGAGCUUUCGACCUUGCGAGACCGCACGAAUCUGUCUCAGCAAAAUUGGCUGAAAGAGAAGGAAGAGCUUUUAGAGCAAGAGCACUACCUUCAGUCAGAAUUCGACCAAGCCAAGGAGGCCAUGCACAACUGGGAGGUUCUCGCUAUGGAGGAGCGUUCCAUCAGGGAGAGCCUCGGAGAGAAAGUGAUAGAUCUCGAGGAACAGCUUGCAAGUGUCAAAGACGCAUACGAGAAGGCAGCAACUGAGCGUAAUUCUCAAAUGGCUGCCGUAGAAGGACUACAGCGAGCCUUACAGGAAGUCCAAGCGGCGCGGAAACAGGAGCUUCGUGAGCUGGUGGAGAAUUCCGACGCCCAACUCGAAGAGCUGAAGCAGAAUCUCAAUGAAAUGAUGAAGAAAGCCUCCGAGGCCGAAAAAUCCCUCAAAGACGCGCAGAGCGAGCUCGAAAGAGUUCGGCCCUUUGAAAAGGAAGUCAAAGAGAAGAACCUAUUGAUAGGGAAGCUGAGACAUGAAGCAGUCACACUCAAUGACCAUCUUACGAAAGCUCUACGGUUCCUCAAAAAGGGCAAGCCAGAAGAUAAUGUGGACAGGCAUAUUGUUACGAACCAUCUUCUGCAUUUCCUUGCCCUCGAUCGGUCGGAUCCCAAAAAGUUCCAGAUCUUGCAACUUAUUGCCGCGCUUCUUGGGUGGACAGAUGAGCAGCGGGAACAGGCUGGUUUGGCACGACCAGGAACGUCAAGCAUCUCAGGAAAAUUAAGGAUUCCAAAUACACCCGUGCAUCGUACACCAAGCAGUCAAACCCUGGCAUCAGAGUUCUUGGACAAUGGCAAUGCAAGCAAAGAAUCACUGGCGGAGUUGUGGUCCAACUUCUUAGAGCAGGAGUCACAGAAUGCUGAAAUCACACAUUCGAAGCCAAAUUUCUUGCGACCAAGACCAUAUUUCAUAUCAAGAAUGGGUACUAGUGCUGUGCACAAAUUCCGCCCCGUUGUGGUCUCAGGACCGUCAGGAACUGGGAAGUCGACACUGCUGAAGAGACUCUUUGCUGAUUAUCCGAACACAUUUGGUUUUUCGAUCUCGCAUACCACGCGAAGCCCUCGUGCGGGCGAGCAAGAUGGACGCGAAUACCAUUUCACGACGAAGGAUGACUUUCUCGACUUGAUCAGCAAGAACGGUUUCAUCGAACAUGCGCAAUUCGGAGGCAAUUACUACGGCACCAGUGUGCAAGCUGUGAAGAAUAUCGCCGAGCAGGGUAGAAUCUGCAUCCUUGAUAUCGAGAUGGAAGGUGUCAAGCAGGUAAAACGCACGGAUCUCAAUGCGCGCUUUUUGUUCCUCGCCCCUCCCUCAGCGGAGGAACUGGAAAGGAGACUGCGUGGACGAGGAACUGAGACGGAAGAAAGCCUGAACAAGCGCCUUGCGCAAGCCAAGAAUGAGCUUGAAUACUCCAAGGAGCCGGGUGCUCAUGAUAAAAUCGUUAUCAAUGAUGACCUGGAGAAGGCUUAUGCUGAGCUCAGGGACUUCAUUGUCGACGGCGAUAGAUUCGGCGCCCAGCAAUAGUGUGAUGGGUACGUCUACGCUAUAUUUGAUAGAUGCACAUAACGACUUUAUAGCAUAUCUGGACAAUCUUGUUAUUAAGGCAGGGGCCGCAGGAGAAAAACAUGAUCUCUUGUCCCAGCCAUUUUUUAUUAUCCCCACUGGACCAAGGAAAAU